AUGAACUUUCUCGUGGCCUUGGAGACCAUACGUAAUGCAUCUGAGACCGAUCUCCACUCCUAUGCUACACAGACCAUUUUGACGCUCAAGACAGUGAGCCAACGUCUUCAGCACAAUCUAAUACCCUCGACACCAGGUUUUCAGACGACUCUUACAGACCCGCCGAGCGUGGCAUCUCCUCCACAUUCACCUCAACAUCUUCAAGUAGAACCCGGAGACCAAGCAGGUGUGCCAAAUUCAAAAUCUCUUCAACCUCUUCAGGCUGCGAGGUUCACAGAUUGUGUUCCCACGGAAACUCCAAGCGUGCCAUCUCCUCCACAUUCACCUCAACCUUUGUAUAUUGCGGAAACGACGGCACUCAGAGACCAAUUCACCUUAUCUCCACAAACACCUCGUUUCUCUAGCCUACAAGUUUCCCUUCCACGUCUUACCCCUCCAACCGCCCAGUCGAUACCGGCCAGAGACUCCUCGGGUAGCGCUAUACCCGUGGAUAUUAUACGUGCUCCAGACCAUGUCCCUAGCUUGUUGAAACGAAUAAAACAAUCAGCAAGUUGGGUUUGGGAAGCUAGCCAAAAGUUACCCUGCCACCUACUAUCUCGCAAGCGAAGCUCUGAUGAGGACCUUCGAUUGGAGCACAUAAGGCGCCUAGAAGGAGAUCGAUCACUUGGCAGCGAUGCCAAGCUCUUGAGAGUUCUUGCACUCAGAUCGAUUGGUCUGGAAUUCACAAACGAGCAGCUAGACAAUGAAGUUUAUCCGACGAAGCUCGAGGAACUUUAUCAACACACUUUGUCUCCAACUCCUUCUAACGUCAAUAUCUUCAAUUAUGGCAAUAACAAUUUCUUCUCGAAAUCCUUAUCUGCUGGUCUCAAACAUAUGGUUCUGGAGAAGAUCAUUUCCGAACGCCUAAAAAAGAAAGGUAUGCCAAGUAUAUGCAAUGCAAUUUCCGCCAUUGCUGGUCUGCAUAUAGAUCAAUUUCGAAGAUUUCGCUAUGAUGAAAUGCAACGCUUUGCGGACAAACUUGUUUCAGACGACAUAUAUGUCACAAUCUCGCAGAGCAAGAUCCGUCUGCUCGAUCUAGUACGAGACCUUAGCCCAUGGUUUAAUCAACUGCAAAAUUCCUACGAUUUGAUCUUCUGUAAUAUCCCAGUCUCGGGAAUGGAAUCGGAGAGACAGAAAUUCCGAAGGACUGAUUGCGUUCGUACCCCGGAUAUUAUCGAUAAUUCCGUGGGAUGUCUUGCUAUUCCGCAAGAUUUGGUUCUAUCGAAUUUGGGGUUUACAAACGCCAACGUCUCUAACAACGGAGUCGAAUCGCCUAAUCAAGAGGAUUGUGCCGAGGCCGAAUUUGCGAGCAUUUUUUAUGAACAAAUUUCUAAUCAACCUAUUGAUAUUUCCGGAAUUAUGGAUGAUAUUGCCCGGAGGUCUUGCUUUGAUUUUGAAAGUAUUGCUCCACUAGACAAUCUCGGUCUAUGA